GUUCCCAGCAUCCUCCGCUCCCGCCGGCAACCUGCGGCCCACACCCGCAGCCGCUCUUCCAGGAUCCAGGUUCUAGUACCGGAGAGUCUCGGUCUCAGAACCCCGAGAGCUCCCGUGGGUCUGCAGGACCGGCGCUGCUCAGUCCCGACAGGUGAUGGCCUUGCGGCUGGGCAGGCUGGGCUCAGGCCCGUGGUGGCGAGCGGUGCGUGGCGACUAUGCACAGCUGCGCGCCGCGUCCCGGCGCAGCGCGUCCGGCCGCGACUGCCCGCUGCCUGGCACGGCUGGUACCCAGCCUCGCCGCGGGCUGGGCUACGGCCCCUGGGCUGGAGGCGGAUCCCGGCUGGGGACCGGGCUGGCCGCGGCGCUGGCGGGGUUGGCAGGGCUGGCAGCCGCCGCCUUCGGGCACGUGCAGCGGGCGGAGAUGGUGCCCAAGAGCUCGGAGGCGCGGAGCCCCUCACCUGGACGGCGCGAGGAGGACGGGGACGAGCUGGCCUGCCGCUGCAGCACCUUCAUGUCCUCGCCGGUGACCGAGCUGCAGGAGCUGCGGAGGAGGCCCGAGGACAUGAAGACCAAGAUGGAGCUGAUGAUUAUGGAGAUCCAGGCUCAGGUGUGUCGGGCGCUGGCACAGGUAGACGGCGUCGCCGACUUCUCUGUGGACCGGUGGGAGAGGAAAGAAGGAGGAGGUGGCAUCACCUGUGUGCUUCAGGACGGGCGUGUGUUUGAAAAGGCUGGAGUCAGCAUUUCUGUUGUCCAUGGGAAUCUUUCGGAGGAAGCAGCAAAACAAAUGAGGGGCAGAGGAAAAAAUCUGAAGAUGAAAGAUGGUAAAUUGCCAUUUACUGCUAUGGGUGUAAGCUCUGUGAUUCACCCUAAGAAUCCUUAUGCACCCACCAUGCAUUUCAACUACAGAUACUUUGAAAUAGAAGAAGCUGACGGCAAGACGCACUGGUGGUUUGGGGGUGGAUGUGACCUCACACCGACAUACUUGAACCAAGAGGAUGCUGUCCAUUUCCACCGUACUCUGAAGGAAGCUUGUGAUCAGCACGGGCCAGACUUCUACCCCAAAUUUAAAAAAUGGUGUGACGACUACUUCUUUAUAGCGCAUCGCGGAGAGCGAAGGGGCAUCGGUGGCAUCUUUUUCGAUGAUCUCGACUCUCCAUCCAAGGAGGAGGCUUUCCGCUUCGUGAAGACGUGUGCUGAGGCCGUGGUUCCGUCCUAUGUUCCCAUUGUGAAAAAGCACUGUGAUGACUCAUACACCCCCCGGGAUAAGCUGUGGCAGCAGCUGAGGAGAGGGCGGUAUGUGGAGUUUAAUCUGGUGUAUGAUCGGGGCACCAAGUUUGGCCUCUUUACUCCAGGGUCCAGGAUUGAAAGCAUCUUGAUGUCUUUACCUCUAACAGCCCGAUGGGAGUACAUGCAUUCCCCUCCAGAGAAUUCCAAAGAAGCUGAAAUUCUGGAAGUGCUGCGCCAUCCAAAGGACUGGGUGCACUGAUGCAGCAGAGCCUUGCACUAGGGCCUGGUGGACACAGGUGGGGACUUCCUGCACUGUGGCCACUGUGUGGCAAGCAGUGUCUUCUGUGCCUUACUGUCCCUGCCUUCUCCACCCUGGGCACCCUAUCUGUGGCAGGCGGUUUUGAUCUUUUCCAGUGCCAUGGGAGGAGGUGGCAGUGGUGGGUCAGGAUGUAAAAAUGUCAGAUUCGUUGUCCGUGACGUCCAUUUGUACUUUUAGAAUCAUUUUCUAUGACCAGUCAAUUUGACAUUGGGUUUCCAGGCCUUAAGAUAAGGGAAUGUAAAUACUAUGAUAGGCACCAGGAAAUUCUUUAUUUGUUGCUUGAAGUUUUAGUUUUUGCUAUAAAUUUAUCAGUGGAUAAAUUUUAUCUUCGUUAAUUCAGUCAGGCUGCCCUUCUUGGGAGCUUUGGAGUGCAAUCUGAAGCCACGCUGUGGUGGUGCUUGCCUUUAAUCCCAGUAUUCAGGAAGCAGAGGCUGGUAGAUCUCUGUGAGUUUGAGGCUAGCCUGGUCUACACAGGGAGUUCUAGUACAGCCAGGGCUACACAGAGAAACCCUGUCUUGAAAAAAAAAAAACC